AAAAUAGAGAAUUUAAUUGAUGCGUUUUUAUUUACAAAGAAAAAUCUAAAAUGAAUAGUCUUUAUAUUUUUUUUGCUGUAGUCAUAGCUGUAACAAAUGGCAAAAGCUUGGGUGCCAAUAACACCCUCACAGUCCAGGUUUACUACGAAACUUUAGGCCAAGACAGUAAACAUUUCAUAACCACUCAACUCUAUCCAACUUUUGUACAACUUGGCAGAGAAAGAAUUGCGUUGGAACUGAUUCCUUAUGGGCACACUAGUGAAGGAACUGACGGCAAUGGAAAUAAAACUUUCACCUGCCCACAUGGACCUGAAGAAUGCUACGGAAACAAGGUUCACGCAUGCUUCACCAAUUUAGCCUUCACCAAAGAAGGAUUACUUCAGUUUGUUUAUUGUUCAGAGCUUUCUAAUACUCCAGCUAACAAUACUGUUCUGCAGACGUGUGCCCAUGGAGUAGGUUUCGAUUGGAAACUUGUUGAAGAUUGUCUGUCAAGCGGUAAAGCUGAUGAACUUUUGUCUGAGAAUGGCCGAAAGACAGCUUUAGUGAAUGCACCUCAUAUUCCUACAGUUGUUUUCAAUGGAAACUCUUAUCCGGAACGAGAAAGUGUUUUGAACAAUUUCAAACAAACUGUCUGCGAACUUGUUGACUGUAUUUAUUGAAAUUGUUUAUAUUAUAAAGAUAAUUGAGUUUUGUUUGUCCUUUUGU